AUGGCUGCGCCGUGGCUCCUUUAUGUGGAUGGUCUUAACAUCUCGCGCUACUUCUUUCCACAGAAGGACCUCUGGGAUUUGACCCGUGCCUUCCGCAAGGUGGAGAAGUUCGUGGCGGCUGCGAAGGUGGCAGGCUUUGAGGUGAGCGUUUUCCUCGAUGCCUCCAUCCAGAGUGACGAGUGCAUGCGCAAGUGGUUCAAGCGGCGCGAAGACGAGGUGAAGAAGAUGAACAGAGGUGUACCACAGGGCAUUCAAACCAUCGUCGGAGACAUGUUCAGUGAGCUUGGUAUCAAAGUUUAUUUCUCGCUUGAGACCGACCUAGAUGAUGCAUUGGCAGCCUUUGCAGAGGCAGAUGGCGCUGCAAUUCUGAGUGGUGACAGCGACUUCUUCCGAUACGAGGGGGCCACUUAUCAAGUCUACGAAGGCUUUGAGAUAGUGCGGUCCUGUCUCGAGCUGAUCCCGGCGGAUGGAACCGGUGCACGCGCCAGAAAGCUUGCGAUCAUACCCAAGCCACAGAUGGUCGAGAAGACCCCAUCCUUCAUAGACGUGCAGCGUACCGGUAUCUACACUCGAGGGGCUUGCUCUCCCCUCGUACGUCUGGUAGGAAAUCCUCAUGCAUGGCUUCGGCCCCUUCGUCAGGCUCUCUACGCGCGCAUGGGCCUCAGGGGGCCGGUGCGAGAAGUGUUUCCCAGCUGGGAUGCUUCUGCUCGGAAGGUUGUUUGGAGCGACGACGAAGUUUUUCCGGACAGGGCCAUGGAUCAGUUUUUGGAGGACCCUACCAGGGCUUUGCAAUCUCUGGUUCCCGACCUGGUGGAUCAAGUUCCAGAGGUGGACACUGUGCAACGCUGGAGGCACAUCUUUGGUGUGCAUGCCGUGGUGCAUGAGCUGUGCUGCGCAGCGAAUGACUCUUCCUUGUUCCGCGCCCUCGUCGAGGAUGAUGUGCUGGCUGCUUCGGCGCCCUGGCGACGAGGCAAGGGAAAGCCUGGCAAAGGCCAGGGCAAAGGCAAGGCCAAAGGGAAGGACCUGGGCAACGACCGCAAGGAAGGCCAAUGCAAAGGCCAAAGCAAAGGUCAAUCCAAGGGCCAGGGCAAGAAAAACGGCCAGGAUCUGAUUCAACGGGCGCUCCAACCCGUCCUCGACUCUCAAAGCUUGCCAGCAUGA